GUCUUCUUGCCUCUCCAGCGCCCGGGGUAGCCCAGGCCCGGGAGAGAGCAGCGGAGAUUCGAGCCUCGGAGGGUGGUUGCCGGCUUUCGAGCAGGCUUGGAGACUCUGCCUGCGUCCUCCACUUCGUCCCGGCCCUUGUCCUGUGGCAGGUGCUCCGCUCAAGAUGAAUCUCAACUUCACCUCUCCUCUACACCCGGCGUCUUCUCAGAGGCCCACAUCCUUCUUCAUCGAAGACAUCCUGCUGCACAAGCCCAAGCCGCUGAGAGAGGUGGCCCCAGACCAUUUCGCCAGCUCUCUGGCCUCUCGGGUGCCUCUGCUAGACUAUGGCUACCCCCUCAUGCCCACACCCACCCUCUUGGCUCCUCACGCCCAUCACCCUCUGCAUAAGGGAGACCACCACCAUCCUUAUUUCCUCACCACCUCGGGGAUGCCAGUCCCAGCGCUGUUCCCGCACCCGCAGCACGCGGAGCUGCCGGGGAAGCACUGCCGCCGCCGCAAAGCCCGCACGGUUUUCUCUGACUCGCAGCUCUCGGGCUUGGAGAAGAGGUUCGAGAUCCAGCGCUACCUGUCCACGCCAGAACGAGUGGAGCUGGCCACGGCCCUCAGCCUGUCCGAGACGCAGGUGAAAACGUGGUUCCAGAACCGGCGGAUGAAGCAUAAAAAGCAACUGCGGAAAAGCCAAGACGAACCCAAAGCACCAGACGGGCCAGAAAGCCCCGAGGGCAGCCCCCGCGGUUCAGAGGCCGCCGCCGCCGAGGCUCGGCUGAGCCUGCCCGCCGGUCCCUUCGUGCUCACCGAGCCAGAGGACGAGGUGGACAUUGGAGACGAGGGGGAGCUGGGCUCAGGGCCGCACGUGCUCUGAGCCGCCAGGCUGGGGAGGGUAGUAGGCAGGGGAGGAGACUGCGGGGCCGAGCGCGGUUCCCUCCCGGACCGGAAGACUC